AGUACGCGAAACGCGCUAUUGUUGAACGCUUCGGUCAGUCGCUUGCUGGCUUGCCAAGAAUUUAAGAUUUUUAGUUGAAAUAACUGUUGAGUAACUUCAUUUAGGAUAAAUUAUGUCCGUCACGCAAUUUCUGCUGGCCGCGCUGCUUGGUCUAUUCGGCUAUGGAUUCUAUUUGCUACGCAAACGCUUCAUGUAUUGGGAGGUGCGCGGCAUUGCCUAUGAGAAACCGAAUUAUUUACUAGGCAAUUUAAAUGGCGUGCGUAGCACUCGUUCGUUUCUGGAAGUCUGGAUGAGUACCUAUAAGAAAUUCAAGGGCACGGGUCCCUUUUGUGGUUUCUUUUGGUUCCAACGACCAGCCGCAUUCAUUUUGGACCCGAAACUAGCUAAGUCUAUCUUAAUUAAAGAUUUCAAUAAUUUCGUAGAUCGCGGUUUCUAUAACAAUCCGGAAGAUGAUCCACUCACCGGUCAACUCUUUCUGUUGGAUGGCCACAGGUGGCGCGUGAUGCGCAAUAAGCUUUCACCCACAUUCACAUCCGGCAAAAUGAAGUACAUGUUUCCUACUGUGUGUCGUGUGGGCGAGGAGUUUGUGCGUGUUGUGUCGGAGGCGAUUAAAGAGGAGCCCAUUUUAGAAAUGCGUGACUACUUGGCGCGAUUCACCACUGAUGUUAUUGCCACCUGUGCUUUUGGUAUUGAUGUGAACAGUCUGAAGAAUCCUAACGAGGAGUUUCGACAAAUGGGCAAACGCGUUUUCACUGAUUUGCGUAACGGACGGAUUGGUUUGGCGAUGAUUAAUAGUUUUCCGGAGCUGUGUCGCAGGCUGCAUGUCAAACAAACGCCCGACCAUAUUACAGAGUUUUACAUGCGCAUCGUGCGCGAGAAUAUCGAAUACCGUGAGAGGAAUAAAAUUCGGCGUAAUGACUUCUUCGAUAUGCUUUUAGAUUUGAAGAACAACAAGCUAAUGAAGUCGGAGGAUGGCCAUGAUAUGAGCAUAACAGUGGAAGAGCUCGCCGCACAGGCGUUUGUAUUUUUGGUCGCAGGUUUCGAAACUUCGUCAACGACAAUGGGCUUUGCAUUGUAUGAGCUGGCCCAGGAUGAGGAGAUUCAACAGCGUGUGCGCGAAGAGGUUAACGAGGCGUUGGAGAAACACAACGGCGAGUUCACAUACGACUGCAUGAAGGACAUGGUCUACUUGGACCAAGUCAUAUCAGAGACACUUCGCCUCUACACUGUGCUACCUAUUCUGAACCGCGAGUGCAUGGAGGAAUAUCCUGUGCCCGGCCAUCCGGGAUUCGUCAUCGGCAAGGGCAUGCAGGUGAUUAUACCUGCCGCGGCUUUCCAUCGGGACGCCGAUAUUUAUCCAAAUCCAAACACCUUCGAUCCCGACAAUUUCUCACCUGAUAAGGUGGCUCAGCGUGAUGGCGUUUAUUGGCUGCCUUUCGGUGAGGGCCCCCGCAACUGUAUCGGCAUGCGUUUUGGUCAAAUGCAAGCGCGCGUUGGCUUGGCACUACUCUUGAAGAACUUCAAGUUUUCGGUCUGUGGAAAAACUCCCAUUCCCAUGAAAUAUAAUAAGGUUAAUUUUUUGCUGCAAUCAGAGCAUGGUAUUAGCUUGUAUAUUGAGAAGGUGUGAGCCUGAAAUCAAGCAUCAUUCAUGCAAAGGGUACUCCACAUUCUUACUGUUACUUAUUAUCCAACCAUAAAUAUAUACAUUUUAUAAAGUU